AUGGCGACCGGACAGGGCGAACAGAGGGCUAUCCACCCUUUCUUUCGGCGAGAUUUCGGAGUAACACCUGACCCACUUGUCCAUACGCCCGUCCAUGAUGCUCCAGCUCAACCGCACCCUCCUCACAGUGGCAGUGCUCAGAACAAACUAGACACCAGCCUUCUCCACGCCGACUCCCCUGCUCCCUCCGACUCUUGCGAUCCGUCAGCUACUCAGUCAUUAGCAAUGCUUGAUCACGAUCCAAAUUCAGAACGGAGGAAACGGAGGAAGACAGACAAACACAGCGCUGCAGUGGUUACGCAGGGCACGAUAACCCUGCCCUCAGACAAGCCAGAGUUCAGCGAGUCGCAGCCCAACACACCCACCAGUCCAGAAAUUGAGGCACUCCCACCAACAGAUCCACGGGUUAUAUCCGGUUCCGGGGAGAGAAAGUCUCCCAGACAGAAAACAAUCAAAUUGAACGCCAAUGGCAAACUGUUGUCGUCGCCUGUGUCUGCUAAAGUCGAAGACAAUCCGAAGAGAGGGAGGAAGAGCAAGCGCGGUAAAGCGGCUGAACAAAAGCCUCAGUCUCUUGGGAGCAAGAUUGUGGUCAUCAGGUACAAUGAGGACAAGCCCGAUAACAGCCUGGGGCAGCUUAUAGACGACAUCAUCUGUGGUCGAAAGAAGCACACCGCUGUCAACAAGGUCCCUACCGCGGCUUCUGCUCCUCCUAUACCCAAGCAGGAGCAACCUGCGAAACCGACCCAUCCGUUCUUCAUAAAGAAGUCCUCUCGCAAGGCGGAACCCGCAAACUGUCAGGCGGGUGCGCACGACGAAGCCUCCGACAACUCCCAGCGAGAAGAGGCCAAGCAGGCUGACGCGGUUCCUCGGUUUCCCCGUGAGCCGAGCUCAGGCUUCCUGGGAUCGUCCACAUCGUUCACGUCUUUUGCCAAACGGUCUAGAUAUCCCGACCUUGCUCACCCACUCUGGCCACCUCAAAGUCUCACCCACGUUAGGGGCAUACCGGAUGAUCAUGGCUUUUACAGUCAUGGUAGCGAUGACGUUCCAGAUCUAGGCCUGAAAAAGUCGAAGACUGCGGCAAUCAAUGUCCCUGACGAGGAGAAUAUACUUUUGCGUAGGGUACCAAAGGAUCCCUCCGCUGCGCCGCGGACAUUGAGAGUACCUGGAAGACACGUUGCUAGUGGAAAGAUAUUGCGGUGUGCUGUCACCAGGCAACUCUCGGAUCAAGCUUCAUCUCCAAGGACGAAGAAAAGUGAGCUCAAUCAGAACUGUCACCCGGCCCUUGCUGGCCUCCACUCUUCACUCACCAAGUCCAUGUCCGCUUUCGACCUUGGCGUGUACGAUACUAUCAGCUGGGCUCACAAGUACGCCCCCCAAUCUGCAGAGCAGGUUCUCCAGACUACGAGGGGAGUGUUUAUCUUGCGCGACUGGCUGCAGUAUCUCAAAGUCACCGCUGUGGACACCGGCAAACUCCAGAAGGACGUCGAGGUGAAACAGAAGACGGACGAAAGAAGGCGCAAGAAGCGUAAGAAGGACAAGUUGGACGGCUUCAUCGUGUCCAGUGAAGAAGAAGCGGCUGAAAUGGACGAACUUCCCGGUUCAGACGACGAAUUAGCUGGGGACGUGACCACCAAGACCGUCAUUCGUGCUGGAGACAUGGCUCUUGGCUCGAAAUCGGGGGCUGAGCGAGGCCGCAUGUCCAAUGCCAUUUUGGUCAGUGGACCCUCAGGGUGCGGCAAGACGGCAUCCAUCCACGCAGUGGCCAAAGAGCUGGAUUUCGAAGUGUUCGAAAUCAACCCCGGGAAUCGACGCAGCGCCAAAGACAUCCUGGAUCGUGUAGGCGACAUGACACGGAAUCAUCUUGUCCAGCACCAUCAAGACAACGCCUCUGAAAGGAGCGGUGCUGAGCAGGUCGACCCGAAGCAGAAUAGGUUGAAGGGGUUCUUCCAAUCGACCAAGAACAAGGCGGCUGGAUCAAGCCGCCCAACGCAAGAGCCAGAGACGAAGCGUGUUCGCAAUCAAAAACAAUCUCUUAUCUUGUUAGAGGAGGCAGACAUUCUCUUUGAAGAGGACAAGCAGUUCUGGUCCGGUGUGAUGACGCUCAUCAGCCAAUCGAAGAGGCCAAUCAUUAUCACCUGCAACAACGAGAAACUUCUCCCCUUGAAGGACAUCUCCUUCCAUGCCAUCCUUCGCUACCGGACCCCUCCCAAAAUUCUUGCUGCCGAUUAUCUCCUCCUGCUGGCUGCCAACGAAGGCCACAUGCUCAAACGAGGAGCGGUCGAAAGCCUGUACGAGUGCACGGGGAAGGACCUUCGGCGAUCAAUUAUGGAGCUGAAUUUCUGGUGUCAGAUGGCGAUUGGCAGUGAGAAGUCUGGACUUGACUGGAUCCUUGAUCGCUGGCCGCGAGGACUGGAUCUUGAUCCCCAUGGCGACCCUCUAAGGGUGCUAAGUCUCAAUGCAUACGAACCAUUUAUGGGAUGGUUAGGGCGCGAUAUGCUGCAAAGUAACGGACCCGACAAAGAAAUCGAACCUCGACUCGAGUCGCUUGGAUGGUGGGGAAUCAGUAUGCAGGAGAUGCGGAUCAUGGAAGACUCUAGGCAUCCUGAUACGCCCAGUUUGAGCUCAAAACAGUUCCAAGCCAUGUCUAAUGUCGAGCGCCUCAAGCAAUUACAACAGAAGUCCAACUUUGCCGCUAUGCAAAGUGAUCUUGACCUUCUGUGUUCUCGCUGCUCAAUCGACAUGAAACUGGACUCGGUCGAUCCAUCAAUCCCUCCGUUACCUGAAAAACAAAGACCGAACUACAUUGAAGGCUAUCAACUGCUCUCCGUCGACGUCGCGCCGGACUAUACACUAAUGCCGGCUGUCAUGGGCUGCACCUUCGAGGCUUUACUGGAGAAAGCUUACCCGCAAGAAUAUGAAGAUAAGCCCAAGUCUCCCGAUACAAACCCUUCGGAUAGGAAGCCUUCCGACCCGGAAUCCGAAUAUGCAACAAGAAUCCUGAAGAAAGCGAACAAACCCGCUAGUACUGGGCCAGGUCGCGCGGAGUUCAGUGCUGCUUUCGAACCGAUGAUGCGCGCUGACUACGUCUUCCCCCUCCCCACAGGUCGAUUGGCGCCCUCGUUCGAAAAUGGCCUGCGUCCGAUAGCCGAAGAUCUGGGCCCGUAUAUUCGAGGAAUCAUGGCUUAUGACAUCCGCUUGGCACACCACCGCCUACAGCUGGGAGAGAUUUUCUCCCAGGACGGCAAGGGGGCGAAGCGCACACGACAGACCCGAGCCAGUCGAGCUGCGCUAGAGGGCGGGGAUAAAGCAUCCACCCGGAAGGAGAGAUGGUUCUCCUCAGAUGCCAAUCCAUCGCUCAUCUUCGCCACAGGCAAGCAGGAAUGGCAGGAAAUCCUAGCGCGGAAGGGCUACUUCGUUGUGUCACCUUCCGGGGAAAGCCAAGUGGAAUGUAUUGAUCAAUCCACUGAAAGCUCCAGCGAAGGGGGCAUUUAGGGAAGGGGAAGAGCGGCGACAGCAUUGAUGCGCGGACACGACUGCAGGACAGAGCUCGAAACUCCGGCAAUGUUUCAUGAAAUCUAUAUUUUAUAUUUUACUGUAUAUAAAUUAGUAAGAG